CUGAGCGGCAACCGUUAGCGAGCGGCGGGCAGGAGCGCCAAAGGAUAGAAUAGGACAAGGCAAUGGAGCUGGAAGGAUUGAAGUACAGCGAGCUGCAGCGACUUGCCAAGCAGCACGGACUGAAGGCCAACCUGAAGGCAGAUAAGUUACUGAAAGGCUUGCAAGAGCACUUCCAACAAGAAUUGAAGGGUGAUGCUGUUCUGAAGACUCCUGAAGAAGAAAAUAAAUGUAAUACAGUUGAUGUAGAAAAAUGGGAAGACUCUAAUGUGACUAAACGACGAGGCAAAGGGAGAUUGUCUAAUGAAAGCAAGGAAGAGCUGAAUGGAAGUCAGAAUGAAUCUGUUCACCUGCAGGCUGUCACAGCUUCUGAUAAUGAACAACCUUCAAUGGAGCUGUCACCUCAUUUGGAAAUGUGCCAAAACACAGACGGUUCAGACUCCAAGAGAAGACAAAGAAAACAUGGUGCUGUAUCUGGGGCUGAAAGUACAGGAAGUGUGGCUGAUGGAAGUGCUACUGUGACCCAAUGCGCACAUUUAUCACCUGAGAGAGCAGCUAAUACGUCCAAAGGAACUACUGCUCGAUCGAAGACUGGCAAAAUUCCACGUUUUGUUGGAGCAGCUGGGAAAGCUGGAUUCAAGACUUCCAUUAUAAUUGGAAAAACUGGACUAAACCAUGUCACCCCUGACUGGAAAAAGAUUCAUCAAGCUAGUUUUAACAAGAUGGAGUCAAUUGACUUGUAUGUUGAGCGAAAAAGGAAACGCAUUGAAGCUUUUGGUAACUCUGCCAAACAGAAGUCAGUGAAUGAACCAAAAAAUCUGAAGAGCACACUCCCGUUUUUUAGCCCAGUACAUCAGACUUUAAAAUUUGACCGAUUAUCCACACCCACCAACCAGCGUAAAUCACCACGUUGCUCUGCUGCUGCAGUCACCUUGAAUGAAAAAUCAGUUUUGCCUUCUGUGUGCUCUGUCACCAAAACGAAUGUCAGGUUUACAGAUGCUACCAAGGUCAAUGAUAAACGUGGUGCGAUGAAGACUCCAACCACGAAGUCUACUUACACAGAACUGUCCAGUAACCCAGGUACUGAAGUGAAAAAAAUCAAACUGGCGGGAUCUGAGAAACUUAGAGGCCAGAAACAAACAGAUAUCAACGCUAGUAACCCUGGUCAGACUAAAGUGGUUACUCCAUAUCGGUUCUUUGGCAGCACUACUCCUGGAACCAACAAAAAGUUUGACCUGAAGGCAAGCUUGACUCGCCCUCUUACGUACAAGCCACACAAAGGAAAGCUGAAAAGUUGGGAAGAGAUGAAAGAGAACAGAAUGACCUAUUCUCUCAGAAAGGAUCAUAAGCAGCCGAAGUUACAGACCAGGGAGAACCGGCGGGAAAAGUUUUUGGAAAAACGGAAAGAGAGAAAGAAUGAUGUGAUCAGUGCAAGGCGAGGACUGGCCAUGGCAUGAAAGAAACCAAUGUUCUGUACUGUCCACUAUACUACUUGCCAUCUUUUGUAUAUAUGUGUUUAUGGUUGAACAUUCCCAUCUUUUAAUUUCUUUUUUUUUUCAUCUGUAUAAAGCACUGUCCACUCUAAGCUUUGGUUCAUGUGAUUUUAGCCACAAAACUAAAUCGAUUUUGCAAUUAAAUGUCUUCCUGAACCAACUCAGUGAGGCCUAAUAAUUUCCUUGCACCAUAAUGUAUGUCACUGUUAAAAUCCUCUGUUUUUCAGAUACUAUGUUUGGUUUUAUUUGCCUAUUGAAUUGAGUGAGUAGGCUUGCUGGUGUGAGAAGUAGAAGUCCCUCACUGCAUACAGGAGACCCCAGUAACGUGCAGCUUACUGGGGAGGAAUAGAGGGAGCUGUGCUGUACCUGGGUGUGUUUAACACUGGGCAACAAUAAUUCUAAAAAGAACCAAAGUCACUUACCUACAUGAGCAUUAGACUUCAGUCAGGAUGCAGCUUGCUUAAAGACCUGACCUUCCUGUUGUCUGUUUACCCAAUUACCAGCUUUUAAAUGUUUGCUUUCCACUUUGAAGAUCUUGAACUGUCUCCAGUAGCGAAACUGCAUUAAGGUACUUCAAAUUCUAACUGGCAGACCAUUAAUUGAAGCACUUCUCUGUUUAACCGAGAGGAAUCUGUCUCAUUCAUGUAUUUGAAUAUUUGCCUCUGUAAAUCUUUCCAUCCUUUUUUUUGCUUUGAAGCUUGAAUUACAUCCUAUUCUAGACAGCUUGAUUUCAGUGGCAUUUCUUUAAAUGUCCUGUUUAUAAUGUGCAAAAAGCUUAAUUUGCCUCCCAAGUUACUGAUUUACAGCCUGUAGACUGCCUGCUUUUUUUUACAAAGAUAAUUAGCUGGGGCUAGGGGAUGGGAAGGAAGAGGGACACUGGAUGGUGCAGUGGAUUAGGUAUUGAUUUUUCAGUUCUGGGGCAGGGGUUCAAUUUCAGUUUGGGACAAAAAACAUAAAAUGGUGGGGAAGAGAGCAUGGUCUGGUGCUCCCAGACUGUUUGGUUUUUUUUAAAAAAAAAUGAAGUUUUAAAGUCCAAAAGAUGAAUACUAAUUUGUAGCACUUGCAGUAAUAUUCCAGGGCUUGUAUUGAGGUACUUUCCAACCAUCUUUAUGGUUAAGGUCCUUUGUAUCAUCUAUUAAGCAGCAAAUCUGCCGCCUGGGAGUUGGGGGAAUGAGAAAGUGCUGGAGAUGCCCACAAGAUCCAUCAGCACCUGGGUUGGGAAGGUUUGUUACAGUUUUGGGAUUGAGCCCUUCAUGUUAGUUUAGUGCCAACUGAGGUACCAGUAUUUUCUGUCUUUACUCCAGAUUUUUUACCACUCUAAGGUGAUGAUUUAGCUACUAUUGAGACUGUCUGUCUGUAGACUGGUGCAGCCCUGAACAAUUUGAAAUUAAAUAGAGUUUGGGAUUUUUUUUGUUUCAAAUCUUAAUAGUGGCAUAAGAUUCUGCUGGCUGGGCUCAAACUGAACACAGCCCCAUAUCCCAAAAAAGAUACGUCACCGAAUUACAAUAUCCUAUUGAAACAGUUUGCCACUGCUUUUUGUAUAUACUGUGCCCUGUUUGUGUUUGAUUGUGUGCUAAUCUUUCUUCCUUUAGAGCUUUCUGCAGAAAGCUAAAACUUUAACAAGAUGCCUUUCCUAAAGGGAACUGUAACAGUUAAGGUAUGUUGCACACCCCUUUAAUUGAUCCUCUUUAAUCUGCUUGUGUUCAGUCCCCAUUCCUAUAUAGAAUUGAGAGAAUCCUUAUUGGUAAAUAUAAAUUGCACCACUUGCUCAGUUAGAUCCAGGCAAAUAACUGGAACUUGAGCUGCUGUGGGCAUGCUAGAAAUACUCAGGUCAGGCAAAAUCUUUCUCCACAGAUGAGAAUUUCCAACAUUUUUCUGUUUAAUUUCCAGCAUCCACGGUACUUUGCUUUUCAUUAAGUACAUGCUGGUUAGUUGUCCCUGCCUGUAGUGAGGCUGCAGCAAAGAUAAAAGAAAGUUGUCCAAGUACCCACUCCUACUUGUGUGGAUGUCAGCUGAGGACGGGAAAAUGGUGAUGCCAUGUUUUGUUGAAUGUCCUGACAAAGCUCAUGUGGAUUCACACAAAGAAUAGCAGCUGUGGAAACAUAACAGCAUAAAUAGCACCUUAAGGAGAGAGAUUAAUUAGUCAACUGUGAGAGAUGAUUAUGGGGGAAGUUGCAACUUUGUAGUUCUUUCUUGGCACCUGAUGUUUACCAGUCUCUUUUGAAAAGGUUUUUUUUAAACUAUGCCUGGAUUGUUCUUGCAAUGUUGUGCUUUUGUAAGGAUAGGAUGAAAAUUGUGAAAAUAAAACUUAGUUUGCUAAUUUGUGAGAACAGGAUUUCUUUCCUGAUAUAGGAAAUGGGAUUGACUUCCUAUCAUCAUGGGAUUGCACGCACUCAAUGUUUGUGAAAUAAAUAAUCACUUUCUUGA